CGAGUAAGUUUCCGGUUUGUUUUUUCUCUUCACUCUUGGACACGUUUCAUUUUCAGAAACCUGCACACAGCAGCUCGGGUGGAAGUGGCUCUCAGAUCGUCAGAAAGCUGAUAAUAGAUCCCACCUUCAAACCCUGCCAGAUGAAGACGCAUUUCCAGUUGCCCUUCCCAGUGAAUUAUGUUGGCGAGUGUAUCAGAACCGUCCCCUACACAGAUCCAGAUCAUGCCAGUCUCAAGAUCCUUGCGCGGUUGAUGACAGCUAAAUUUUUGCACACGGAAAUUCGAGAAAAAGGAGGUGUUUAUGGUAGAGGAGCUAAACUCGGCCACAAUGGGAUUUUUACCCUUUACUCUUACAGGGAUCCAAACUUCAUAGAAACACUCCAGUCUUUCGGGAAAGCUGUAGACUGGGCUAAAUCUGGCAAGUUCACCCAGCAAAACAUUGAUGAAGCCAAACUUUCUGUGUUCUCUUCCGUGGAUUUGCCUGUUGCUCCAUCAGACAAAGGAAUGGACGACUUGUUGUAUGGCUUCUCGAACGAGAUGAAGCAGGCUUACCGUGAACAACUCUUUGCCGUCAGCCACGACCAGCUGACCACUGUGAACAACGAGUGUGGCCGGCGUGGCUUCCUGUGGUACCUGGACAUUGGGAAGAGCACACAUGGCUUGGCUGUACUUGGACCAGAGAACGCGAAAAUUGCCAAGGACCCAUCAUGGAUAAUAAGAUAACAUAUUUCUGGAUACACUGGAGCACACUUGUACCCGUGUAGGCUCCUAAAACCUAAGUCUCUGCACCAAAUUGAAUGUGAAUGACACACAUGUUACUGCUUUUACCAAAAGUCAUUGUUAGGUCAUAUUUAGAAUUUGACUAAAGGUUAUUUAUUGACUAGUAAGUUGGUCAAAGACUCUUCUGUUUUAAGGAAAUAUACAGUGACCGUGAAAAGAUAUAUUAUAAUAAUCAUGCAUUAAAUGUCAAAUUUUGAAACUUUUAGAGUCUAGAACAUAUAUUUUCAAAAUAAAAGUUGACUCUGACCCA